AUGGAAAAAGAUCGUUUUAUCAGCAUUAUUCUUUUACUUUGCUUGACUUUGGGAAAAAUAAAUACACAAGUGGAACAGGCUGUAGCCUCAGACGAUUGCAAUGAUGACAAUGGCAAAAACUUGCAAAAUGAACAAGAUUUGUCUUCUGUUGACGAUUUAGAGUUUAAUCUCAAUGUGCAAGCAGCACCUACUGACAACUUACAUCGUCCAAUGAGUGAUGAAACCGAUGAUCGUGUAUGGCCCGAUGAACCUAUCUAUCGAUCAACUCGAGACGACAACAUAGGUUUGGAGAGUCUUCCAACUCUUCGAAUCAAUGUGGAAGAAAAAACAUUUGUACCUCUUCGCAGUGUUUCUGUUGAAGCUUGGAUUCAUACAUUUGCUGCUGAUGUCACAUUAACACAAACAUUUAUCAAUUUGGGAGAUAAAUCAAUCGAAGCUAUUUAUGUCUUUCCCAUCGAGGAAAAUGCUGCUGUCUAUGCUUUAACAGCUGAGAUUGAUGAUCGUUUAAUUAAAGCCGAAAUCAAACAGAAGGAAGUAGCUGAAACUGAAUAUAAUGAAGCAAUUAAGCAUGGUCAAACAGCAACUCUACUACGUCAAAGUGAGAAAACAUUGGAUACAUUUAUGAUCAAUGUUGGUGCUCUACCACCCUGGAAAGAAUGUCGAAUCACGAUUCGCUAUGUGACUGAAUUGGAUUUGAUCGAUGGAAAUUUGAUUCGAUUUGUUGUUCCAUCUACCAUAGCUCCACGGUACAAUCCAGAAUUAGGUCAUUUACAAUCACCGGAUAGAACAAAUGCUAAAUAUGUUCAAAAUACUCCUUAUACAAUAUCAUUUCAAAUUUAUGUCGAACGCAACGGCAUAUCUCGUGUUGCUAAUCUAUCUCAUCCGGUUAAUAUCAGUACAUCAUCGGAAUCGAUCAACAUUUCUACACAAGGUGUUGCACUCGAUCGUGAUUUUAUACUCAACAUUCACUUGCCAAGAAAGCCAUCAUCCAUGUUGAUUGCUGUUGAACAAUACAAUACGACGAAAUAUGCUGCACUUACAGCACUUAUUCCUCAUAAUUUGGUCAAAUCUAACUACAUGAAAUCUGAAUUCAUCUUCAUCGUGGACUGCUCUGGAUCGAUGGAAGACGAGAAUAAAAUAGGUCUUGCACGCGAAGCCAUGCUUCUCUUUAUACGUAGUCUACCAUUGAAUUCCUACUUCAAUAUUAUUCAAUUUGGAUCAAAUUAUCGAAUUCUGUUUGAAAGUGAAAUGACCAGUGUUACUUAUAAUGAAGAAACAGCUAAACAAGCUGAGCGUUUAUUUAAUUCAAUGCAAGCAGAUUUUGGUGGAACAGAACUAUUGGCUCCUCUUCAAUAUUUGAAAAAUAAUCCACCAGCAAAUGAUCGAUCAAGACAAAUCUUUAUUUUAACCGAUGGUGAAGUUUCGAAUACGAAUGAAGUUAUUGAACUAUGUCACUCAAUGUCAUCGACUACACGAAUUUUUACAUUUGGUCUUGGCCAUUCACCAUCUCGUUCUUUAGUCAAAGGUCUUGCACGUGCCACAAAUGGCCAUUUUGUAUUUAUACCUCCAGGAGAAAAAGUAGACACAUAUGUUGGUAGUCAACUUCGUCGAGCACUUAAACCAUCGAUUGUCAAUGCUCGUCUCGAAUGGCAUGGUUUAUCAUCGAGCAUUGCCCAGUCUCCAGAUAUGAUUCCACCAUUGUAUGCUAAUGAUCGUGUUCUGAUCUAUAAUAUGUUCGAUAGCGAUGAGUUCGAUCAACGAACUGUUCAAGUUAAUUUUCGGGUACGAUGCAAAACAAUCAGUUCAACAACAUUUGUUCUUCAUGAUAUCCACCACAAAGGUGAUACAAUACGUCGAUUAGCAGCUAAAGCUAUGAUUCAACAAUUACAACACAUGAGACAAAACGAUGUGACAAUGUGA